AUGGCGGAGCCAGUGAGGAGAAGGGGCCGGCCGGCCCGAGGCGGCCGAGGUGCUCGAGGGGCUCGGGGGUCCCGGGGCGGCCGAGGCCGGCGUCCUGACGCCCAGCAGGUUCCAGCUCAGCGCACCCUGGACUCGGUGUUUGUAGACUUGAUCAGCGAUAGCGAUGAGGAUAUUCUGGAGGUCACAACAGCGCGCGGAGCUCCGGACCCUGCUGAAGCUCCUCUCCCGGAAUUCCCCGUGCCGGCCGCGUCCCGGAACGACAGGGACAGUGACAGCGACAGCGAAGGAGCGGACGCGCGACUUGAAGGAGCACCGCGGACCGCAGUCAGGCGGCGGCGGCGGCUGCUGCUGGAUCCGGGGGAGGCACCGGUGGUUCCCGUAUACUCGGAGAAGGUGAAAAGCAGUCUCCAUCUCAUCCCAGAUCACCUGCCCCUCUUGAAACUCUGCCCCCCAGGGGCUGAGGAAGAUGUGGAAAUGGCAGAUUCCAGCAGCUCCCAACCUGAGGAACCCCCAUUUCCAGGUUUAUCCUGGAAGAAGAGGCUGAGGGGUAAGGAUGAAGAAGAGAAGAAGAACGAGAACAUGUAUCUGUUCCAGGACACGUCUCCUUCGCCUUCACCUCCACCAAGGAUCAAAAGCAGGAAGCAUACGAGGGCCCUCCGGAAGUUAAGGGAAGUGAACAAGCGCCUCCAAGAUCUUCGUUCCUGCCUGAGCCCCAAGCAGCGCCAGGGCCAAGACUGCCAGAGCCAAGAAGAUGAUGUGGUCCUGGUAGAGGGCCCCAUCCUUCCAGAGAGCCCUCGUGUCUUACCACUCAAAAUCCGGUGCCGGGCAGACCUGGUCAGAUUGCCUGUUCGAGUGUCAGAGCCCCUGCAGAGUGUGGUGGAUCACAUGGCUGCUCACCUUGGGGUAUCCCCAAGCAGGAUCCUUUUGCUUUUUGGAGAGACAGAGCUGUCCCCUACUGCCACCCCAAGGACCCUGAAACUUGGAGUGGCUGACAUCAUUGACUGUGUGGUGUUAGCAACUUCUCCGGAGGCCACAGAGACAUCCCAGCAGCUCCGGCUCCGAGUGCAGGGGAAGGAGAAACACCAGAUGCUGGAAGUCUCGCUGUCGCCGGAUUCGCCCCUCAAGACCCUCAUGGCCCAUUACGAGGAGGCUAUGGGACUCUCGGGAUGUAAUCUUUCUUUCUUCUUUGAUGGAACGAAGCUUUCAGGCAAAGAGCUGCCGGCUGAUCUAGGCAUGGAAUCCGGGGACCUCAUUGAAGUCUGGGGCUGA